UUCCCAGUGUGAGUUCUCUGCGUUUCUUUAAUACAUAAAGUGAAAUGUGCUUGGAAAUGUUUUGCUUUUAUUAGAAUUCGUAUUCAAAGAAACAUUCUUGUUUUUGGUUCCAAACUAUAACAAACAUGUACCACAUACUUAACUUGAGGAGUUUAUCGAAAAAUAAAAAUAGUUUACUUAUUCUUAAGUCCGGUUUUAAGCACCUUAAUGUUGAUCUUGUCGGCAUUCAGAGGUUUUCGUAUUUAUAUAAUCAGCAUAUAUUUGGAUUAAGAAACUCGCUGCGUUAUCAUGGUUUUGCAAACAUCAAAAUGGAUUGUUUUUCACGUGUCCAUUCAACAACUACAACGCCCGAGAUAUUAGACCAAACUGUGAAGAAAAGAAAAUACAAAAACAAUUCUAAGAAGUUUACAGAACUUCUGAAAGUUGAUGAGUCUUCUUCAAAAAGCACCAAAGCGUCCGUGAAAAAUCUUAAAGCUCAAAAACUAUCUAAUUUUAUCAAAAAUCACAUUUCGCACGAGAUGCAGCUUCCCGAUAAUGCUUCAAAUGAAGAUCAGAAAAAGUCGGCCAAUACUGCGAAUUACAACGUUAUAGAAACACCGAUAAUUUUUAUUGGAAAAGAUAUGACAGAAACAAACUUACCUAACGAAACCCUAGCAGAAAUUUUGGAAAGUUACCAAUUGCUAACUGAAGCUCGUCACAAACCUACAGAAAACGCUCAAUUUGUCGAAGAUAUAGUGGAUUCCGAAUUUCUCGAAACCAGCGACCUACUUCCCGAAACGGAAAUGAUUGAAGCACCAACCAAACCAAAACGUACGAGAAAAAACCCUAAAGAAUCCAAUGAAAAGAAAGCAAAAUCUUCAAAGUAUUAUAAAUCAUCAGAACAUGAAAUUUUAGCUCGUCAGAAAAGUUUUCACGUUACACUCAGUGCAUAUUUAGACAUUUGCGUCACCAGCGGAAUGAUCAAUCGUGCCUUUGCCACUGUGCUAAACUACAGAUACAAGCGAAACAAACAAGAUUUAAAUAUUGACAUUUACAAUACACUUCUACAUGGGUAUGCCAAAAGUGGUAAUAUGUUAAAAGUUAAAGAAAUUAUCAAAAUUUUGAAGGAAGAUCAUAUUGAUCCAAAUCAUCAAACGUACGCGGCUAUUUUCGAAUGCUUAGGACGACUAGAAGCAACGGACAAACGUUUGACAGAUGCAAAAGGUUAUAUUCAAGAAGCAGAGUCCAAGCAAAUUACAAUGAAUACCAUACUUGACCGCAGUAAGUUCACGCACGAUCAACGUGAAAGGGUUCUAAAUUUGUUUCGAGAAAUCGAACCAGAAUUUUCCCCGCAAUACACGCCUCCAUCGUUAUUGUACGAUAAUCAUUUGCUGAAUACGCUUAAUACACACGUGAAAGCAAUCGAUGAUAAAGAAACCGUUAUAGAUCCGGCUUCAAAAAUUACCGGAUCAGAAAUUAUGGAUUCAAAAGUUGGUUUUACAACGGAGCAGUUGGAAAAAUUUAGCGCCGAGCAAAUCGAGUUGGAGCUCAAGGGACAACUUACUGUUAAGAGCAUACAACAUUUUCCAGAACCGACCGCAAUCGUGGAACGAUAUCGUAACGAGCUGGAAGAAAUACGCAAGUUAUGGACAAAGCAAAUAUCCAUUGCCUUCCAUCGCGAUAUCAAUACAUUAAAGGCGGUAACGGAAUCAAAAUCUAAUCGGGCAAUAAAUUUAUUUCCAUACUUGAAGGCUCUCAGCGUUGCCCAGUAUACAGAAAUUCUACUCAAUGAAGCUAGACAAUUGUUAGAAGGUUCGGACACUUUUAGUAUUGGAGUCCCAUAUCUCUACCGAGAACUGGGCCGUAAAGUUGAGGCUUGCUACCACAUAGAGCAGAAGCGUCUAAAUAGAGUACUUGAUAAAACAAGCGAAGUUUAUAAACUCUAUUGCGAGAUACUGGCGAAAGGAAAUAGUAGUGACAACUCGAGGCAGAUGUGGCAACGAAUUGUUCACUAUUGCCGACGGGAUGGGGCAAGUAUGGAUAUACAGAGCAUCGCGUGGCCAAAAGCUGCCGUUAAUGGAGUGGGAAAGUUUUUGUAUUCUAUCCUGAAAAAUGAUCUUAAAGUCAAUGUUAAUGCAACAGCUUCAGGAAAUCGCCCUGUGAAGUUGGUGCCUGCUUUUUAUUCGCUGUAUCGUUAUGAAACAAAAAUCGCCAAAGAGCAAAUCAAACCACAUCCUGUGUUAAUUAAACUGUACCGAAAGUCGCAGCUAAACCUGUUAAAUUUCGAUAUAAACCUGAUACCGAUGUUAUGUCCUCCGCAACCAUGGAGUACUCCGGACAAUGGAGGAUAUAUUCUUGCGAAAUCAGAUCUAAUUCGCUUACCACAACAAGCUCACCAACAAACGGAAAGAAUAAACGAUGCUGAUCCAAAGGACAUCUACCCCACACUCGACUCCCUUAAUCAACUGGCCAGUAUACCUUGGAAGAUCAAUGGGACUGUGCUGGACAUUGUGCUAGAAAUCUUCAACAAGGGUGGUAAUGCAAAGUUGGAUGUUCCCGAACCCCCAAGUUCGUUACCUUCGAUAGAAGAGACUGUUCCAAGACACCAAAUGACAGGAUACGAUAAGUUCAACAUGAUGCGAAAGAAAAUGAAUCAUCGACGGAAACAGGGAGACAUGUACAGUCUGUGGUGCGACGCAUUGUAUAGGCUUUCGUUGGCCAAUCAUUUUCGUGAUAAAGCCUUCUGGCUACCUCAAAACAUAGAUUUUCGGGGUCGCGUUUAUCCAAUUCCUCCUCAUCUAAAUCAUUUGGGACACGAUUUGGCCCGCAGUCUUAUGAUUUUCCAUCAACAAAAACCCCUUGGACCGGACGGACACAAUUGGCUCAAGUUACAUUGCAUAAAUUUAACUGGUUUGAAAAAACGAGAUUCAAUUGAACAACGCCUACGGUAUGCUGAUGAAAUCAUGGAUGACAUUCUUGAUUCGGCGGAUCACCCUCUGACGGGAAAAAUGUGGUGGAGUAAAUCUGACGAGCCUUGGCAAACUCUUGCAUGCUGUAUGGAGAUUGCUAAAGUUCAUCGGUGCUCGAAUCCAGCUGAGUUUCUCAGUGAUUUUCCCAUUCAUCAAGACGGAUCCUGCAAUGGAUUGCAGCAUUAUGCAGCGCUCGGGCGAGAUACCCCCGGUGCCAUUAGUGUAAAUCUAUCCACAUCAGAUGUACCUCAAGAUGUAUAUAGUUCAGUGGCUACAUUAGUUGAAGAAAACCGAGCUAAAGAUGCUGCCAAUAAUGUUCAAGUAGCCAAGAUUCUUGAAGGCUUCAUCCAACGGAAGGUAAUCAAACAAACUGUGAUGACAACGGUAUAUGGUGUAACACGUUAUGGUGCCCGUAAGCAAAUCGCUCGCCAGUUAGAAUACAUUGAUGAAUUUCCGAAGGAGUGGGUAUGGCCUGCGUCAAGUUAUCUCACAGUGCAAACAUUCAAUGCUCUCAGCGAAAUGUUCACUUCAGCGAAAGAAAUUCAAGAUUGGUUUACCGAUUGCGCUCGACUAAUCUCUGCUGUACGCGGUGAAAAUGUAGAAUGGGUUACUCCUCUUGGCCUUCCUGUAGUUCAGCCGUACAAUCGAAUUGAUCGCCCAGUUUCAUUCAAGUCGAUUAAAAUUCCUGAACUUUUUACCAUGGAUUCAUAUGAGAAACCCAACAUUAUGAAACAAAAAAACGCAUUCCCACCCAAUUUCGUCCAUUCGUUGGAUUCUAGCCAUAUGAUGCUCACCUCGUUGCACUGCGAACGUGCUGGACUGACAUUCAUCUCCGUUCACGACUGCUAUUGGACCCACGCCUGUACAGUUCCUGCGAUGAACAAGAUUUGUCGUGAACAAUUUGUUGCUCUGCAUUCAAAACCGAUCCUAGAGGAUCUCUCCGAAUUUAUGGUGCGAAAAUAUAGCUACAAGGACAGUGAAAUUACAAACGACGGCUCGGUGAUCGACCUUACAAAACGCAAGCUUAAUUUGAUUCUACAACAAUAUCCAAAUAAGGGCGAUUUUGAUCUGCGGCAGGUUUUGAACUCAGUUUACUUUUUCAGUUAGGUAAAUAAAACAAAAGCCUCGAAGUAGUAGCUGCGGUAGUGAGUUCGAACGAGAGCCUAGUCAUAAAUGGAUGUAAGGUGCAUACUCCAAGUUUCUUUACCCCUUAACAGUGCAAAUUGUGAUACUGAUAUUGGUUAUUUUUUACAAAAAAAAAUUACCUCUGAAUUGAAAAAGGUUCAGAAAAAAAUAAAACGAGCCACAUACAA